UCAUGCUGACAGGAAAAGCUCUGAAGAUUCAGCUUCUGGUGCUCAGACUAAGAUCGGAUAAAAUCAGCUAACCAUGGCAGACCUGGAAGGAGCGAAUUCCUCAGGCACUGGGCAGAACAAAACGUGUGAUUCAGUGGAAACAUCAUACCACCCUUUCCUAAUACUAAUCUACUGUCUGCUGUUUCUGGUGGGCUUUAGCCUCAACAGCUUCACCUUGUGGUUUCACUGCCGUGGAGCUCAUGGCCAAACGUCCAAGAGCUGGAUGAUCUACCUGAAACAUCUGACAGCGGCUGACUCUCUGCUCUGUGUCAGCCUCCCUCUGCGCAUUAUUCACUAUGCCAGAAGCUCAUUCACUAUUCACCUGCUCUACUGCAGCAUUGGAGCCCCUCUGCUGUUUCUCAACAUGGCUGCCAGCAUCCUGUUCAUGAGCUAUAUAGCAGCUAACAGGUAUAUGAAGAUUUUUUAUUCCUCAGGAACUCACUUCCUGAUGUCUUCCAAAGCCAGCCACAUCAUCUCGAUGACCUCCUGGGUUUUUCUCUUGACCAUGAUAACACCAUACUCCAUCCUGGUGCUAAUCAACCACACAUCUCAACAGUCUGAUCAUGGCACCUGUGAUCAUCUACUCAAAGAACUCAUAAGACCACUUUACACAGCAAGUCAUGUUGUUUCUUUCAUCAUCUUUUUGUCAGGACUCUUCUCUCUGGUUUUCUUCUACUACAGCGCAUCCCGCAGGGUGCUGCAGAUCCAGCAGAUCCAACUGACCUCCUCCAGCUCCAAGAAGCUUAUGAAAUCUCGCAGGAACAUGUUGUUGUUGGUCAGUGUGUUCUGCUUUUGCUUUGUUCCUUAUUACUUUGUUCGAAUUCCAUACAUCAUACUUAAAGGACAGUGUUCAGUCGUGUUGUACUACCUCAAAGAGAUGGCCGUCUUAAUGUCAGUUUUUAAUAUCAUUCUGGAUCCUCUAAUUUAUGUUUUUCUUUGUAAGGAGUUCAGGGCUCAGCUUAACCUGAAACGAAUAUUCUGCAUGAAAGGCAACAGAAACACCUCCAGUUCGGAGGCAGGAGACAGUGAGAGUCAGAUGAACACCAUCAAUACCAGUAUAACACCCCGGGCUCAGUGA